UUCUCACUGAUUAACUUAAUUACUCUCAGUUUGUGUAUCUGUUUCUCUCUCUCUUGAUUACUUGUUAUUGAUUCAAUUGUUUAACUUUUUUACUUACAUUUCAUCCUCGGUUUUAGUGAAUCAAUUGAUUACUCGAAUUGGUGAAUUUGUUGAGAAAAACAAUUAACAAAUUUAACUCUUUGUUCAUUUUGGUCUCUCAAAAAUCUGUUUACCGGAAAAAUCAUAUUCCUCUUUUUUUUUGUUCUCUUUUUGCUUUUUCUUUUUUGACUUUUUUUCGGACUUUCUGGUUUUUCUUUCACUUUAUUUGAAUUUUAAUUCCAUUCAAUUUACUUUAAAUCUCGUUUUAUACUCUUUGUUCUUCGGUGAUUAUUUAAAUUCAGUGUCAACAAGAUGCCCGGAGUUGGUUCUGAGAUUGGGUUCGCUACUCUUCCACACCAUUUACAUCGUAAAUAUGCUAAAAAAGGAUUCGACUUUACCAUCAUGGUUGUUGGUGAAUCCGGUUUGGGUAAAUCUACUUUAAUCAAUUGUCUCUUCUUGGCUGAUUUAUACAGAGAUAGGGUCAAUAUACCUGUUGAACAAUUGCUUAACCGAACCAUGGCCGUUGAAAAGAAACAAUUGGACAUCAUUGAGAAAGGAAUUAAACUCAAAGUUACAAUUGUCGAUACUCCAGGUUUUGCCGAUGCUCUUGACACCGAGAACAGUUUUGACGCUAUCGAAGGUUUCAUCGAUGAACAAUAUGAUCAAUAUUUCAAAGAUGAAUCAGGAUUGAAUCGUAAAAACAUAAUCGACAACCGUGUUCACUGUUGCUUGUACUUUAUAUCACCAAUUGGUCGAGGACUGAGCCAAUUAGAUAUUCAGUUCAUGAAAAGGAUUCACCAGAAGGUUAACCUGGUUCCCAUAAUUGCAAAAGCUGAUUCAUUCAGACCCGCCGAGUUACACCUCUUCAAGAAAAAGGUUCUGAAAGAGUUGGAUGAUCAUGGAAUCAACAUCUUCCGUAUUCCUGAAUGUGACAGUGAUGAAGAUGAAGAUUUCAGACGAAAAGAUAAGGAGAUUAAAGAGAGCAUUCCGUUUGCGGUUGUUGGAAGUACCACUCCGAUUGAGAUCAAUGGACGGAGAACUCGAGGUCGAGUUUAUCCAUGGGGUUCAAUUGAUAUUCAGGAUGAACAAUUUUCUGAUUAUGUUAAAUUAAAGACAUUCCUGAGUCUUCACAUGCAAGAUCUCAAAGACGUAACCAAUGAAGUUUUGUAUGAAAAUUAUCGAGCUCUUUAUUUAACUAAACUCGGAAGUGGAUCUAUAAGUCCAAUACCUGUUCGAGCCAGCAUUUCAUCAGCUAACGCCGAGGCAGCUAAUUCCACCGGUACUAACAACUCAAACACCUUAAUGCCUGCUGAUAAAUUACUACAAAUGAAAGAGGAAGAGAUUCGUCGUAUGCAGGAACAAUUAAUGCAUAUGCAAGAGGUUCUUCGUCAACAAGCCAGUGGUAAUCAAUCAGCUGAUUCGCCCUCACCCUCAAGUCCAGCUCAUCGAGAUGAUUAACAAUGCACAAUUUAAAUGACUUCGUUUUUUUAAUCAUCUUACUCUUUCCAUCAAACCAUCAUAAUCAACACUAAUUUAACAACAACGAAAACAAUGGCGUGGUAAUAAGUGAAUAAUCUAUCCCACCUCAUAUAUAAACUACAUCAUUAUCCAUUUAUCAUUAUAUCCAUCAUUUCCUUUUCCUCUUUUGCUCAUUAUCCUUAUAAUAUCAGUAUCACUGCCAAUGUUGUAAUUAACUUUUUUUGAUUGUCUUCUCACAUCAACCAGAUGAAAACAAAUCUAAUUACAUGAUGUGCAAAAUAAUCAAAAAAAUGUCAGUGUUAACAUUGAAAAUCAGCACUAACAAAACACCAACACCUAUUAAUCCAAUUUUCUCAGGGUAAUUAAGAUACAGUAACAUUAACCCAGCCAAUCCAAUAUCCACGAAAACUAUUGGAUUGAAAAUAAUAUAAAAUCCAUAUCAAUGUUAAUCACAAUUAGUAAAAACAACCAUUAACUUAUCACAAGUUAAUCACAAUUAAAUCCUAAUAAUCUAAAACAUAGCAUUACCAAAGACGAUUACAUUUUCACCCAUACAACCAAGUUAACAAUCAACUGUAACAAUUUGUUAAUCAACAACAACAACAACAACAGUGACAAUGAUAAGUAUAUACAAAGAAAUGAAUACAUUUUCACAAUAAUUGACAAUUAUCCCAACAAUCAUUUUGAAAUAACAAAUUUUUACCUCAAUUUAAAUCACAAUCAAUCAAUCAAUUGAUUUUCCACUUUUCAUUUUAUUAUAUUAAUCAACCAAUAUAAUUACAUCAUCAAAUUAUUUUAAUAUUUGUUUUGUUGUUGUUUCUUUUUCUAUGUCUCUUUUUUUUUGUCAUAAUACUUAUUGUUUACAGCUAAUUUCCUCUUCCGCCUCCACCCAUUUUUUUCAUAUGCAUACACACCCAUUAAUUUACACACUUUGUCACUAUUUACACGAUGAAAACUUUAUCCUGAGGAUAAGACAAAAAAAAAUAUCGAUAAUUAAUCAAUGUCAAUCCAAUUGAUUGGAAAUCUCAUCAAUAUGUAUUCCCAAAUGUCUAUGUACUUAAUUAUCAUCUAGUCAAUGGAAAGACAAUAAUAUGAUGUUAACUGGCAAUAAAAUAAAUAUUAAACAACAA